CAUGUUCCGGUUUAUUUCGUUCUACGUUUAUUGGUACACAAGUGAAGUAUACAUCUUUUUAUGAAGAAUGCCCUUUGUAUUCUACGUCGGAGCGGGAGAGCUCAGUAUGACCGCGCAACCAGGUGGGGGAACCACUGAUUGGGCCCACAAAAGAUCCCUACCUGUUCACGCCGCCUUCUCUUUUCACAUUUUAAUUGAUGGCAGAAUUACCUGCAAACCAGAAAGCGCGUUCAUCACGCGUCGGUGGAGACAUCUUUUUGUAUUCGCACCUAGGUAACUGCAGAACCAAAUUGACGUUAAAUCGAUAUUUAACUUUGUAUGACGUCUUAACAUCGCCGAGUAUUUGAUACACUACCACUCAUUUCGACUAAGUUACCCAUUGGGGAUUCUUUAAUAUCUCGCACCGAUCCAGCAUGGCAAGCUUCUUCGAUAUUAAGGCCCGCAAAGCAGCGGCGGCAAAUGGUGGGGGAGCUUCGAAACAAGAAGAAUCGAAACAGAACAUCCGAAAGCAACCAUGGGUGGAAAAAUAUCGACCGAAGACCCUCAGCGAUGUCACAGCUCAAGACCAUACUGUGAAUGUCCUUCAACGAACACUCCAAGCCUCCAAUUUACCUCACAUGCUCUUCUACGGCCCCCCAGGUACGGGAAAGACUUCUACAAUCCUCGCACUAGCAAAGGAGCUCUACGGUCCGGAUAUGAUGAAGUCGCGUGUCCUCGAACUCAACGCCUCCGACGAGCGUGGUAUAUCUAUUGUACGAGAGAAGGUGAAGGAUUUCGCACGUAUGCAACUCACGAACCCACCCCCCGGUUACAAAUCCCGUUAUCCGUGCCCACCUUUCAAGAUCAUUAUCCUCGACGAGGCGGAUAGCAUGACACAAGAUGCCCAGAGCGCUCUUAGACGAACGAUGGAAACGUACAGCAAGAUAACACGAUUCUGCUUGAUUUGCAACUACGUCACUAGAAUUAUCGACCCCUUGGCGAGUCGAUGUAGCAAGUUUAGGUUCAAGAGCUUGGAUCAAGGCAACGCGAAGAAGAGGCUGGAGGAAAUUGCCCAGAAGGAGGGUGUUACACUUGAAGAUGGCGCCGUUGAUGCGCUUAUCAAGUGUAGUGAGGGUGAUUUGAGAAAGGCAAUUACGUUCUUACAGAGUGGUGCGAGAUUGGUGGGUGCUAUUGAGAAAGAGGAGGACGGAGACAAGAUGGACGUCGAUGAAGACACCAAGAUUGUGUCGGUCAAGAUUAUCGAAGAGAUUGCUGGUGUUAUACCGGACAAGACUAUCGGAUCGCUACAGAAGGCAAUGCAACCCAAAUCCGCAGGGGCGACGUAUCAGGCCAUUGCAAAGGUAGUCGAAGAGAUGGUUGCAGAUGGAUGGAGUGCUGGACAGGUCUUAACUCAAUUAUACCAGUCGGUCAUACAAGAUGAGAUGAUCCCGGACGUGAAGAAGAACAAGAUAACACUCGUCUUUUCAGAGGUCGAUAAACGAUUGGUGGAUGGUGCUGAUGAGCACCUAUCCAUUCUGGAUCUUGCGCUGAGAAUUUCGAACAUAUUGGCUGGAAAGGGUUGAUUGCGAGAUCCGACAUAAUGAUAAUACCAAGACUAAUUUUAGAUGAGAGGUGUAUUUCAUUACAUGAUGAGUAUCAUAGCACAUGGCGUUAGGUUCACAAAAUGUAGUGGCGUUGUGCCAUAGAGUUCUUCUAGGUAGCUAGGAAUUGCUCUGAAUUAAAAGGCAAAGCCUAAAUGUAAAUGAAUUCAUUU